AUUGAUAUAUAUAUAAAUCACACACACACACAUCAAAGUACAAAUAAAUCAACUAUUAUUUUUCUCUGCUUCUUUCUUUUCUUUUCCUUUACUCUUUCUUAUUAAUAAUUACACACCAGAAUAAUACUUUUAAUAAGAAUGUCGCCAGCUUCGAGUGACUCAUCGCCCACAUUCAAUCCAACUCUUCAACGUUCACGCAUGACAAAAUCAAAAGCAACUUCCUCAACUACUGCAAUCCAACCACUAGAGAUCACAACAACUGCUGUAGUGAUGAGUGAUGCCAUGCGUAAGAAUACAGAUACAUGUCCUGCAGAUCUUCUACCUUUACCAGGUACCGAAGAAUGUACAAAAAAAGACGAGGGCGAUCGUCAUAGAGAAGGGUACGGCUGGAAACAGCCUGUGCAUCACCACACACAUCAUCACUCCAUAAAGUCACCCAAUACUCACACUGGAGAACGUCUCAAGACAAGAAGCCAUCCUAUCGUCAACCUCCCAACCUCUCCAAAUAUAUCCCCUUUAAAUUGUAGUAGAGUUGUCACACCUCUUACAAGUAAUACCGAACCUGUGUUCAGUGUACUUCCUCCGCCUGCACUAAAAACAACUUCUGAUGCCAUGACAGCACUUCAGGAUGCAGCCAAAGCUACGAAAAAGAAAAAGAUUACCAUUCCGUUUACGAACACAUCCAAUAGUCUGGCCGAGCUAUUUGAAUCUUCAUUUUUCUCAGCUGUCUUGUUGGUCCAAUGGUCCAAUGUGGUCGGGCCCAAAACCGAAAAGGUUUGGUCAGCCGAGGAAAUGGACGAAAGACUAGAAAAGACGAUCGGACGGCAGAUAUUAAAUGGAGAGAUGGGCAGAAACUUGAAUCAAGAUGAAGUCGAGGCUAAGUGGGUUGUUCUUCAUCGACAGGCCAUUGUCUGUACUGGGUUUUUGUACAAUGAUCAAAUAGUUGGAUCAUUGUGUGGGCUUGUUUUGGUGGUUCCGACAAGAUAUCUACGUAACUUCUCCCAAUAUUUUGGUGUAUUACAAGAGCGGGUGCCUAUUGAACUUGUAAAACCGCUAGUUCAGUUAAGAAAGGCUUAUAAACGACACCCUGGAAUGACUUGGGCAACAGCAUUAGACUAUUUCACAUGGCGUCGGCUGAUUCCAUUUGUACGGUCUAUUAUGAACCUUGAAUCAGUUUCUUUACCGACAGAAUGCAUAAAGAUUAGCCACACAAUACUUAAUAACGAGUCUCGUCAAAUGCUCGAUUCCCCAUUUAUUGCAAAAGUCAUUACUUCACAUCUGCAAACAGGCGGAUCAACAGUGCUGAUAGGAAACACUCUGACUACAAUGAACAUGGUCAUAAAUACUCUUGCUCUAUUCUUGUCAUCCGAGGAAAGAAGCCGAUCAAGUCAUGCUCGUAAAAACCAUCCUUAUAUGGCAGAUCUGUAUCUUCAAGAACAAAAACAAAGAAAAUGGAAGAAAGAAAUAGAUCUUGUAUCUGAAACUAUAACUUCAAAGGACAUGGAAGAUACCAAUACAAAAUUAGAAACCAAAGUCCUUCAAUCAUCCCUGCCAACCACUCUCGUAGACAUGACCCGCCUAGUUGUAAAGCAGACUCCAAUGUUUCCCUCGUACAAUCAACAUCAGAAUCAAUACUUGGCUUAUAUAAACUCCAAGCUUGAUGAGGAAUUAUGUAUAUUUGCUUCCGGCCAAACCCGCUCAAGUGCUCCCAGUGCAGAUUCAGGUUGGAAGCGACACAAUAUAUUUAAUCGUACAGAAGCAAUAGCACCUUUAGUGCAGACAUUGCUUGACGAGACACGGAAGGUACCUACUCGAAUGCGAGAGGCAUAUAUCCAACAAUGGCGCCACCUGCUUAUUCGGAAAGCAUUAGCGCUUAUAAAAUGGGUAGAAGAAGAAGCGCGUUGUUUUCCUUUGGCCCAGUCAAAUUCUGGUGGAUCAAGCGAUGCACCGGUGACUAAGGAUAUUGUAACUCAUUUAAUGGAUGCUUUAGAAUUAAACAACUGGACGGAUUUCUCUAUCAUAUUAACGCAAGCCGAGAAAUUGAAGAAAGGAAUGGUCAUGUUCUUGAGUACUUAUUCAAAACGACUCUAGCUACUUUUACAAGUCUCUUUUUAUAUAUAUAUAAAUAUAUAUGUACAUACUUUUCUCUCAUAU